GCAGGAGGACCUGAAGGCGCGGAGGGAGGCGGAGGAGAAGACGCGCAAGGAGCAGGCAGCCACGCUAGCAGUGCGCAAGGCCAUCCAGCGCGUCCGGACGGCAACACCUGAGACCUACGAUGACCUACGGGCCACGUUGGAGGAGACCCAGGCAAACAACCUAGAGGCGAUGGGCUCGAUGGCCGAGAAGGUCUCGGAGGAGGCCACCCGGGCAUUGGAGGAG